GUUAUAUAAAGUGGACGAAACAAGAAAGAGGUUGUUAAACUAAAUCGAGACAUUUUAGAGUGAUAAAAAGAGAAAAUGACGAGCUACACUGAUAAAGGUCCUAAACCCCAGUUUGGAAAAUUUAUAGCAUUUGAUCAUUUAACAUUUUAUGUUGGAAACGCUAAACAGGCUGCCAGUUUUUAUGUAACCCGUUUAGGUUUUGAACCGUUAUGCUACAAAGGAUUAGAAACAGGAUGCAGAAAAUACGCUUAUCAUGCUGUUAAACAAAAUAAGAUUAUUUUCGUAUUUGUUUCUUCAUAUGAACCGGGGGAGGGAGAAGUUGGUUAUCAUUUAAUGAAACAUGGGGAUGGUGUUAAGGAUGUUGCUUUUGCCGUUGAAGAUCUUCCAAGAAUUCUUAUGAAAGCCAAAGAAAAAGGAGCUCGUGUUGUUAGGGAUCUAUGGGAAGAAAGUGAUCAAGAUGGAACAGUACGAUAUGCAACCAUUCAAACGUACGGAGAUACAACUCAUACUUUGAUCGAUAGAAGUCAAUACACUGGAAAAUUUCUUCCAGGAUUCAAAGAUUCACCUCAUGAUACAUUAUCAAAGACAUUGCCAGUUAUAAAACUUGAUUUUAUCGAUCAUGUCGUUGGAAAUCAGCCGGAUUUAGAAAUGGAACAAACUGCAAAAUGGUACGAAACCAUUUUACAAUUUCAUAGAUUUUGGUCUGUUGAUGAUAGCCAAAUUCACACUGAAUACUCAGCUUUGAGAUCGAUUGUAAUGAGUAAUUAUGAAGAAACUAUUAAGAUGCCGAUUAAUGAACCAGCAAAUGGAAAGAAAAAGAGUCAAAUUCAAGAAUAUGUAGAUUACUAUGGUGGAGCUGGAGUACAACACAUCGCCUUGAAUACUCAAGAUAUAAUAACAGCUGUUAAGAAUUUAAAAGAACGUGGUUUGGAAUUUUUGCAAGUUCCAGAUAGUUAUUACGAUUUAAUUCGUGAAAAAUUGAAAUCAAGCAAAGUUAAAGUUGCCGAAGAAUUGGAUAUUCUGCAAAAAUUAAAGAUUUUGAUUGAUUUCGACGAUGAAGGAUAUUUACUUCAGAUCUUUACCAAAAAUAUGCAAGAUAGACCGACGCUGUUUUUGGAAGUUAUACAACGACGAAAUUUCGAUGGAUUUGGUGCAGGGAAUUUUAAAUCGUUAUUCGAAGCAAUUGAAAUUGAACAAGCCAAACGAGGAAACUUGUAAUUUUAUUAUUCAUUAUUUUUUUAUAAGAAUUGUUUAGAAUCGUUUUUAAUAAAAAAAGUUGGAAU